CCGCCAUGGAUAAUAAAGACGUUCGACGGAAGUGCGGGAAAGUGCGACGUGCUCUGUUCCACCUGCUGCUGAUAGUGGGGGGCGCGACGGGGUUGAAGGAUUUGACGAUCAACGUGCCAGCGGUUGUGCGAUCGGGCGACACAGUGACACUCUCCUGCCAUUACGAUCUCGAAGGAUUGCCAUUGUACACGAUACAAUGGUUCCUCGAAGACACGGAAUUUUAUCGAUACCUGUCCGGCACGGAUCCGCCCUACACCAUAUUCGAGGUCGAUGGAAUACACGUGAACAUUUCCAAGUCGAAUUCGCACGACGUGACGCUGGUCGACGUGUCGAGGAAGAUGACGGGGAUGUACAAGUGCGAGGUGAUGGGCGGCAAGCCCUUGUAUCACGCGCAGAUCAAAAGGGCCAGGAUGGAGGUGGUGGACGCGCCGAAAACGGACCCGACGAUCGACACCGAGAAGGAGAGGAUCGCCGUGGGCGAGCUGCUACGAGCGAACUGCACCACUGGCAGCUCGAGGCCCGCCUCCGCCAUUACCUGGAAGUUGAACAAGGAUCCCAUCGCGAACGACAGCUUGAUAUACAGGACCAGAUACUUCGCCAUACCGCAGGACGACGAUUCCCAGGUGUCCAAGUCGACGAUAGACUUCAAGGUGACGAACGACAUGUUUCGAAACGGGAGGUUGCUCCUCCAGUGCACCGCCUUCAUAGCGGACGUGUACAGAGAGUCCGCUGAAAUCGAGAUCAGCGAGGACGCGCCACGCAUAGCCUCGAUCACCGGCGAAUCCCCACCACGUGGACACCAUAGCGACGGUUCCCCAAGCCCGUGCUGCUUAACCUGGACUACUAUGGCGAUGAGCUUCACUUUAAUUGCCAUCUCGUUUCUUCUUUACCCUUCAAUGACAAUAACCGUGACGAAGACAGCCACGUACAAAACUACACCUGCCAACAGGUAGCUCGUACGCCAAUACGCCACUACAUUCACUGCCUAACUCAAUUAAAACAAGAAAGAAAGAAGAAAAGGAAGAAAGAAGCAAAACAGGAAGAAGAAGAAGAAGAAGAAGAAGAGGAAGAGGA